AUGUCAACAAAAGAAGAAAAAACACCAACUACACCAUUAAAUAAUAAUAAAGAGGUUGCUAACAAUGAGAUUACUCAUUAUUCAUCACCAUUAGACGACUAUGAAGAAGAAAAUGAUUCAGCUUAUUGGACAAGCAGAUCUAAAACCAUAUUGACAACUACUGGUAAGGAUGAUCGUGAUCCAAAAUUUAAAUCUAUAAAUUCGGCACCUUCUGCUAUUGCCAAUGGAGACGGUGUUGAUAUUGAAGUUGGCAAUUGUAAAUUUAAUGAUACUAUAAAAAUUGUUGAGUCAAAUCAAAGAGGAGUUCUUUAUUUUCAUAAAUGUCUUGAAUUACGUGACAAAUAUAUGAAAUUGUCAUUACAACAACUUGAUGAUAAUCCGAAAUAUCAUGGGGAUUAUAAAAUUUAUCCACCACCACCUGUCACAUCUUGGUUAUCAGCAAAAAUUUAA